AUGUACUUUUUUUCAGGCUGUCUGACGUCCCGUGACUCUGGCACGGUCUCGAACUUUUGCCAGAAUCUUCCGACAAAUCAAGUCUAUCCGGAUUCGUUUGAUGCUGUGAAGGAUGCCGGCUGCGAUGGCGUUGAUGACUAUCCGAUCGGUUCUGUGGCCGCUACGAGUCCUGGAAAUGGGUACCGAUCGACGCGUCACCGUUUGGCCAGCUUGUUGCGUCACCUGUCUCCGAGGGUGCGUCAGCUGGAGAACUCGAGUUCUGCACCGGCCUCCACUUCGUCGGCCAAGGUAACGACAGAGCCUCCACUCGAUUGGGCUGUAGAUCAGUCGACAGGAUCAAGGCCGGAGGAGACAAAAGCAAGACAAAGACGAAAUAAAAGUGUCGACCUCGGGGAAGAAACGGCCGAGGGGAAUAGAGACAGAGUCUUGGAGACACAAAAAAAGGGUCGCGAAAGUGAUACCGAGACGAGAAUGAAGGAUACAGCUGACAGUUGCAUGAACGAGGGUCGAAUGCAAGCCAGGAUGAGACGGUCAAAGUCGCCUGCAUUCAAUCUGCUCAAACGGUAG